AUAAAAAAAAAUUCCAGUUAGUAUUAUUAAUAUUUUUAAACGUAAUUAUAAAUUUUUAUUAAAUUAUUUUUAAACGUAAUUAAAAAAUAAAUUAAAAAAUAGUGGAGGAGAAAGUGAUGAGAGGUUUUUUUUCUCCUCAUUACUGUGGUGAAAAAAACAUUUGAUGAGAGAAAUUGUAUGGGAGGAGUGAGAAAGUGGGUAGAGAGAGAUUGAGAGGUUUUUUUUUUCCUCACUGCUGAGAAUGGUCUAAUAGUAUUACGAGGACUAAACCGCUUUUAAACUCUAAACUCUACCGCAAGAUACAACUGGCAAAAUCUAAUUAAUCCUGGCUAAGACCCCCUUAACAAAAGGACACGAAUGGGUCCUCACUCUUCACACAAUAAAAAUAUCCAUUCAAUCUCCCCACCUUAAACGUGGGGUCCGCUCAAGGUUAUUUUCGUCAACUUCUUUUAAAUUUAAAUAAAACCAAAAAAAUAAAAAUCAAUUCCCCCGAAACGUCCAGUCUUUUGGAGACACCAUCGAAUCAAUCUUCACUCUCUCUCCAAAUCUCAACCGUCAAUUUUCUCAUCCAACGGCUCUCUUUUAGUCAGGUAGUAGUUUAUUCGACAGUAGUUUUCUUUCUUCUUCCACCACUACUAAACCCUAAAAAAUGGAUAUUUCUCUUUCAGCCUCCUCUUCUCCCCUGUUCUUCUUCUUCCCCCUUUUUUCUCCCUCACAACAAAUCCCUCAAAAUUAAUUUCGUAAAUUCUAAAAAAUAUUUCAGGUUGUCCCAUUUCUGUUGACAAAAUCCCGAUCCCAUCUUUAAAAAAAUUAUCUUUUUUCGAACAAUUUUCGUUCACUAAUUUCUGGGUUAUUUAAUUUUUUUUUUGAUAAUUUAUUGUGAGUGUUAUGAUCUAGAUGACCGAUUUGGAAAUUUUUCGUCGCAAAUUUUGGUGUUAAUUGAAGUGAAUUUAUCUGGGUUGUUAGUUGUUACAUGACCCAUGUGCUGAAAAAAGCGUCAGAAUCAAAGGGUUGGUUGAUCGAAUCGUUGAUUUGACUCGGUGUAAUUGAGUGAGUUAACUCGGAGAGAACGAAGUUUGAAAUCUGGCGCCGAUGCCGUCAGUAGAGAUGCGGCGUUCGACGAGGGUGUUUGUUCCGAAGGCGAAAGACGGUGAAUUGGUUAGGGUUUUAAGGUCAGGGCGUCGAUUGUGGGUUGAAUCUGCUGAUGUUAAGCACAGAGGAGUUAAAAAUGGGGACGAUUGGUUUCCGUUGAUUUCCAAUGAUAGUGGUAAGUUUAAGCAACAGAAGAUUAAUGGUUGGCAUGAUAGGUCUGAUCCAAUGGAUGUUGAUGAUGCAAAACCGUUUCCGAUACCGAGACCGCAGCCUGAGCCGGAGCCGGAAAUUAGUCAUAGAGUGCCCAGUUUAAGAAAUGGGAGUUAUUAUUCUAAUAGCAGAAUAUUUAGGAAUGUUUAUAGUAGGAAAAGAAAGCGUUAUAAUGUGAGGAAUUUGAAGGGUUUUGGUGAAUCUGAUAGUAAGAAGUUUGGUUUGCAUUUUGUGAGAAGGCAAAGGAGAAAAAGUGGGCAAACUGAAAAGAAGCAGGCAGAUGAUGUAAUUAAAGGGUAUUAUGAUCAAGGGUUGUUAUCGGUUUUCGUCGAUUCUUCUUGUGAUGGAUGUUUGUUGUUUUCAAGUGUUUUGAGUUCACUUCUUAAGUAUUUGAGUAAAGAAAGAGUUGGUUUAAGUGAAAUUUCGACGUUCCUGCUUUUGAGUCCGGUUUCGCCUGUUUUUGCCUCGUCUGGCAUUCAUUUCUUGUGGAAUUGUGUGUCAAACAAGAGCAAAGGUUUAUGCCGAAUUUCCGGGGUGAGGCAGUUUAUAGCAAUGUUUACACUUGACUAUACGGCUGCUCCCUUGUGUUUUCUGCACCUACAUGCAACAAUGUUGUUUAGGUCGGUGCGCCUGUCUUGUCUAUGUUGGUACGAUUUUGACCGAAAAAAUGAGAGUUCUGAUGAAACCCUUACAUUCGUCAAUGACCAGAGUGAGAGUCCCCCUGACAGAUUAGUUGCCCCUGCUAAAGAUGAGUCCAAGGGUAUGAAGUCUGUAAAUUUGUCUCCUGGGGCUAGUAAGUUAUCCAGUCGAAAUGUGCAAGGUAGGAUUGGGGUUCUUACACGAAGUGCUUCAAAGAGGCGGAGGCGGUCGUUAAGGAGUCGGAGGGCUAGAAACCCGUUACCUUUUGUUUUGCAGAAAUCACCUGGACCAUCAGUAUCUAAUCAUGUUUCCAAGAAAAAAGCCCACCCUGCAUUACCUUUAGCUUGUAAACAGGAGCUUCGUAGGUCUCUUCGAAAGAGUUCUGUGAGUGAAAUUCCUGUGCAAAAGUCCGACCUAUCAAGCUGGAAUGUGGAUCCUGAUUCACAGUUUUGUACUGCUAAUGUCCUGAUUGUAGAAGCAGACAAGUGUUACAGAGUUGAGGGGGCAGAGGUCAGAUUAGACACCUCUGCAUCAAAUGAGUGGCUUCUUGCCAUUAAAACAGAUGGGACAACAAAAUAUUCCUUAAAGAUUCAAAAAGAAAUGAGACCCUGUACAACCAACCGUUUUACUCAUGCUGUGAUUUGGGCAUCGGAGAAUGGGUGGAAACUAGAGUUUCCUGUCCGGAAGGAUUGGGCAGUGUUUAAAGAACUUUAUAAGGUAUGUGGGGAAAGGAACAUUGUACCAACGUCCCCGGGUGUUAAAAUUAUCCCUGUACCUUGGGUAUGUGAAGUGACCAAUUCAUGGGAUCCCCCUGGUGCCUUUGUUAGACCAGAGUCAUACAUUCGAACAGCCAAUGAUGAACUAUCUAGAACUUUAUCUAGGAAGACAGCGAACUAUGAUAUGGAUUCUGAGGAUGAAGAGUGGCUAAGCAAGCUCAAUAGUGAGCUGGAAGCAUCAAAUCAUCUUUCUGAAGAGAGCUUUGAAUUAGCAAUUGAUUCUUUCGAGAAAGCUUCUUAUUGUAAACGGGAUGAUGUCAAUGAUGAAAUAGAAGCUGCUAAAUUGUGUAUGGAUGUAGUAAUUAUUUCGGAUGUAGUUGAGCAGGUACAUAGAUAUUGGAUGAAGAAGAGGAAGCAGAAACGUGCCCCGCUGAUUAGAGUUUUCCAGUUAAACCAACCCACGAAAACGCAAUUGAUUACAAAACCUGUGUUACGCAAGAAAAGAUCUCUGAAACGGCAGACUGUUCAGCCUAUGCAUCGAGGUCGAGGCAAGGAUAGUAAUGUUCUUCAAGUGAUAGCUGCUGAGCAUAAUGCUGCAGAGGAACAAAGCGCAGUCCUUAGAAUACAGGAAGCAAUAGCUUCGGCAGACAAAUCUGUGGAGCUAGCCAUACUUAAACGUCAGAGAGCACAGCUCCUGAUGGAAAAUGCAGAUCUAGCAAUGUAUAGAGCCACAAUGGCUCUAAGAAUUGCCGAUGCUGCUGCUGAAAUUUUAGACACCCAGCAAGCUGCUGAUCAUUUCCUCGAGUGAAGGAUAACAAGAUUAUAGGUCUUAGAGAUGCUAAUUUUAGAGGGCAUUUUUUACUUUUUAAUUUUCUUUUAUUUGCAUAAAAGAAUUGCAGCCUUCGACUGUGGCUGUGUUUUUUGAGGCAUUUGGAUGGCCUUUGGAAAAUGUAUUGUAUUUUUGUAUAGUAUCCAUUUUUUUGUUGGGGGGCUGUUUUUUCAUCUUCUUAUGUACAUUGUGUAUCUUUGUGAUGGCGCCCUGUAGUCUCUUAUGUACAAUGGAUUCAGUUGGUGUCUUUGAAAAAAAAGAAGGUAAUGAUCAUCGAAAAAGUUAAAAAGUUGGGGGGAAAGUGUGAUUGGUUUCUUUGUAUAUUUUCAUCUAGGUUUAGAAAAAAUAAUAAUUCAGCUAAUCUUCAGCGAGCCUA